AUGAGAGAGAACUGGAGGAGUCUUUGCUUGACUACUCUUAUUCUGCUUUCAAUUGCAUUCCUCGUCCACACGUUUGUAAAUCAAGGAGUGAAACUGGCGUACCAAUCCGACAAUGCACUCGUAUCACUUCGUAAAAAGCCGCCUGUCAUCGUAGAACCCAUUACCGAUGAGGAAUACUAUAUUGUCCUCGUCGUCAUCGGGAUACUGGUCCUUUUAGGAGGAAUCUUUAGCGGCCUCACAAUUGGGUUGAUGUCUCUAGAUUCCACUAAUCUCGCCAUAUUGCGGCGAUCAGGCACCGAAACUCAAAAGAGAUGGGUUGCUCGAAUUGAACCUAUUCGUAAUAACGCUCACUUACUACUGGUCACACUCUUACUAUCCAAUACUAUUGUAAACGAAACCCUGCCCGUAUUGUUUCAUUAUGUAGACUGGGAUGGAUAUCAAGCUGUACUGAUUUCUACCUUCCUCAUUGUCGUGUUUGGAGAAAUCAUACCGCAGGCUGUUUGUACUCGUUAUUCUCUAGCUAUUGGAGCCUUCUUUGCAUACCCAGUUAGAGUGCUCAUAGUUCUAAUGUGGAUUCUCGCGUACCCUAUUGCAAAACUUUUGGAUUGGAUUCUGGGUAGCAAGCACGGGUUUACCUACCGUAGAGCAGAGCUGAAGGAAUUGGUGGCUAUGCACGGAGAAGAUCAGGAAGGCCCGUUAAAUCAAGAUGAAGUAUCUAUAGUUAAAGCCGUGUUGGAACUUCGCGACAAAUCAGUUACGAAUGUAAUGACGACGCUAGAGCAUGUGUAUAUGUUGCCGUUGGAAGCUAAGCUGGAUCGAGAUACCAUGAAAAGUUUGAUACAAGCAGGACACUCCAGAGUUCCUGUAUUUAAUGGAGAACGUCAGAACGUAGUUGGAGUAGUCCUAGUCAAACAGUUAGUCCUGUAUGAUCCAGCAGAAUCUGUGCCCGUGGCUGGGAUAAAAAUAAGGAGAUUGCCCAGAGUCAGAGUCGAUACACCACUAUUUGAAAUACUCCAUGUCUUUCAAGCUGGUGGUUCGCAUAUGGCUGUUGUAGUUGACGAAGUGGAUACUGCUGCUGGUAUCCACGCCGGUCUGGUGAUUGAAACUGCAUCACCACUCACUGCCGCUGGCUCGCCACAAACUCCUGGUGGUAUGAGGAGGUAUAAAACUCUAGGAAUAGUGACUCUGGAAGAUGUCAUUGAGGAAUUGAUUGGCACAGAAAUUAUUGACGAGACUGAUAUAUUUAUAAAUGUCGAGACUGGUCAGAAGGUGCGCAGGACGCAUCGAGAAGUCAAAAGUAGGACUAGUAGUGCCGCUGCCCUCUUGGAUUCUCGAACGCCGAGUCUGUUUGGGCUUUUGACUCCUAGGAUGUCUGGUGACGAUGAAGAACGAGAACCAUUAUUGAGAGAUGCUGCUCAGCGCAAUGGUAGACAGCAAUCCAAAGAACCAAACCGAAUCAUGGAAGAAGCCAAUCGCAUCUUGACAAAGACUGCUGCUAGAAGUCAUAUGCCUGCUGCACCGGAGCUAAGGUCACCUCUUCUCGUCGCUCGCUCUCGACAAGGUAGCAAUACAGGUAGCAACACUUCGUCAAAGCUGGCUCGAAAAGCACGAAGAGACAAAGUAGAAUAUACAGCUGGGCGAUUGGCGAGUCAUGUAGAGCAACACCCAUUCGGAACUCCUCAUUCUCUUCCUAAUGCCAUUGGUAGUCUGAAUGGGCUGCAUCAUGGUGUACCGGCAAAUGUAUCCUCAGUCUUCUCAACAUCCAUCAACAACGCUGCAGCCAGUGGCAGUGGAAGCUCUCUUCAACAGCAGCCUGGCACAACAACAUCAAACAAACCAGAUAAUGCGAAUGGUGAUGAAGGUGUAUUCGGUGUAAAUGGUAUAAACACGUCGUUUGAGUCAGAUUCUGACUCUGACUCGUCCGGACUGUCUGUCUUGUCCUCAUCUCGAAAAAGUAAAUUUAUACAGGUUGCUGAAGAUCAAGAUGGCUUCUUGAUUGAUGGAAUUCAUCAGUUACGUGAUUAUUCGCUGGAUACGCAAACCAAAGAUGAUAAAGCUAGUGGAAUAACAGUGAAUCCAGUCGGUGAUGAUCUUAGUGAGCGCCUUUCUCCUGUCGCUAUUGUGGGUGGACAAUAUUGUGUUGAUAUAAAACUGCCACCGGACUACCCGUAUAAGCCACCAAAGAUGAAGUUCGACACCAAGAUAUAUCACCCAAACAUAAGUUCUCAAACAGGAGCUAUAUGCCUCGACAUUCUGAAAGACUCGUGGUCUCCAGUAAUAACACUCAAAACCGCUCUCAUCUCAUUACAAUCUCUCCUCUGCGAUGCAGCUCCCGAUGAUCCUCAAGAUGCGGUCGUAGCAGCCCAAUACAAAACCGACCGCAAGAUGUUUGACGCUGUUGCACGCCAAUGGGCCAUACAAUACGCAUCGUCAACUGCACCGUCAUUUGGACAACCUAUUAUUGAAGACGACGUGAUGGUUGGUGUGGAUGCAGCUAUUCAUGCGAGAAUACUGUCUAUGGGAUUUGACAGGAUACAGGUCGCAAAGGCUUUGAAAAAGGAAAAGAAUGAUGAGCAACGAGCAAUUGAUGCAUUGCUUAAUGGUACCGUGUUGUAA